GACAGUUGUUUUAUUUUAUUUUUUUUUUCGUUUGUUCGUUCAUCAGAACAGUUGCGAGAGACGACGGAGUGAACUUUAUACAUUACGGUUAUUUUUCAUUUUUUUCCUACUAGAACUAGUAGUAGACGAACACCAUCGAACGAACUGAACACAAAAAAAUAUACCGAGAAGAAAAAAACAGUUUUUAUAUUUUUUUUUAUAUAUCGGGUCAACGCGAGGACAAUAACCAAAAAGCUCCCCUUUUUUUUCUUCUCUCUCAAUAAAAAAAAAAAAAAAAAACGUGGACUGACAGCAAAAAAGAAAGAAGAUAAUUCGCGUGUGGCCGUCACCAUCAUCGCACAAAAAUCAUUGUGCGUUUAUUUUUUUCGUUUUUCGUUUAUUUCGUCUAUUUUUUAUAUUUUCCCUUUUUUACAAAGAAUUUUUAGUCGAAUUUUGUAUUUGUUGUUUUUAUACAUAAUUUCCUUUGUUAUUCGAGUUUAUGUGCUGUUAUGUGGGUUUUUGCUACUUCCCCUGCGCUAAAUGGACAGUCUCUCGUCAUCGUUAAAAUUUUUCACUUUCUAUAAAAAAUAAACUAAUAAGAAUAAACAAAAAACGAACAAACCUAAAAAAAAAAUGCUGUGACCAAGCACAUUAUUUUUGGAGAAAAACAACCGUAAUUUUUUCAUUCUCUUUUAUUGAAACAAAAGAAUCCCCCUCCGUCAAAUUCCCCUCACCAUCCACACACAAUCAAACAGACUCAUAAUCCAUCAUGGUGGAUAAAAAUAAAAUUCCUAAUCGGGCACAAACAAAAAAUGCAACAAAAUCCCAAAAUGGACAACAACAACAUGGGAAAUUACUUGACAGCACUAAUACCAACAACAAAAAACCUAAAAUUGUCCCUAACUCUGGCAACAAACAACAACAAAAAAAGUCCAACAAAAUCAAUGAAGAAUAUGAUUUAGUACCUCCAGAUGGAGGCUGGGGUUGGCUAGUCCUUGCUGGUUCAAUGAUGGUCAAUAUUCUAAUACCCGGAACAAUAAAAAGUUUCGGUGUACUCUUUUUAGAGUUCUUGGAUGCCUUCAAUGCUUCACCUGCAACAGCUGCAUGGAUUCCAGCUUUAUGUUAUUUUUUAUAUAGUUCUUUAGGUCCUGUAUCAAGUAUUCUCUCGGUUAAAUACUCCUUUAGAACUGUAACAAUCAUGGGAGGGGCAUCAGCGGCAAUUGGAAUGAUUGUCUCAUUCUGGGCAACUUCCGUAUCCUUUUUAUACAUUAGCUAUGGAGUUUUGGUGGGAAUUGGAGCUGGACUAUCAUUCCCUCCAACUGUCUACAUUGUCACUUCGUAUUUUGUCAAGUUACGAGGACUUGCCAAUGGUCUUUGUAUAUCUGGGAGUGCCUUGGGUUCUAUUAUACUUCCUCCACUGCUUCGCUAUCUCUUGGAAACUUAUGGCUAUCGUGGAGCUGUACUUAUAAUGGGUGGAGUCACAUUGAAUGUCUUUGUGGCUGCAAUCUUCUAUGAACCUGUUGAGAAUCAUAUGAUUCGUGUUCCUAGAGUUAAGAAAUCUCUGGAUGACAUUGAGGAAGAAGAUGUGGGAAUUGUUCUUAAAUUCGAAAGCGUUGCCGAAGAGAAUCCCGAUCAGGGAAAGUCUUUAGCUGAGAUUCAAAAUGAGGCAAAACAAUCGCCAGAUUUAUACAUGACGAACGGAGAUGAUAAACAUUUUAAUCGUUCUGCAUCGGCGGCGGUUGUUCAAUCGUUUAAUAAGAAUCAAGAUGAAUUUAAUCCUCAUAUGAGAACGAGGAAAGUUAGUACACCAACUUAUGGUUCUGUCCCACAGAGGAAUCAAACUUUUACUCCGGGCCAAAUGAAUUCACAGAAUUCGCUAUAUGCCGUUCCUGAGCGUGGGACAUCGCACACACGACUCGAUCGCAAUUUAGCAUUAAGAAAUAGUUCUAGACAUCGUUUGUCUAGACAUUCACCAUCGACAAGUAGUUUUCAAUAUAUUAGUACUCCAUACCACGGGAGUACAUUAUCCUUUCAACCGAAAGAGUUUUCAUCACAUUUGUCGCUAAAGUCUCUUGGAAGUGGGCAAUUGCAUGAUGAUACUGUAGAAUGUGAGAAGGAAGAGCAACCUGCCAAAACUAAAUUCUUUGAUAUAACACUUCUCAAAGAUCCCAUCUACCUCAUAAUUCUUAUAUCGAAUUCUACAAAUGCAAUUGGUUAUACUAAUUUUAUUAUUCUCCUGCCAGCUUAUGGAGUAGCUUUGGGCUUUGAUCGGUCUUUAGCUGCGUACUUAAUAUCAAUUGUUUCUACAACAGAUUUGAUUGGAAGGAUUGGUGGAUCAGCGUUGUCGGAUUUGAAUUUGAUUCCAAAGCAAUAUUAUUAUAUUGGUGGAUUGGCGCUGUCGGGAGUUUCCUUAGCCGUUUUGCCAUUUGUUAAUAGCUAUGGUCUAGUUAGCUUUUGGUGUGCGGUAUUUGGAUUGGCUUCGGGGAUUUAUGUGGGAAUAACAGCUGUUAUUAUGGCUGAUAUGUUGGGAACAGAUCGUUUAACGUCUUCCUAUGGAAUUAGUUUAUUUGUAAAUGGAAUUCUUCAGCUAAUUGGACCACCGUUGUGUGGGCUGUGGUUUGAGAGCGCACGUACUUAUAGCCCGUUGUUUCAUACAUUGGGGAUAAUUUUGAUGGCUGGUGCGAGUUUGUGGGGAUUGAUGCCGUUUGUUAAGAAACCAGUGGCGAAGGAGGAGAUUGAUGAGGAGGAUGAGAUCAAUCAGGCGGGUGUUGAAGGUGGAUUGCUGGAAGAGGAAGCAUAAGAGAAUGAACGAGAGAGAAUGGGUGAAGAAAAGGACUCAUUUUUUUUACACACGUUUUUUUUUUUUGUAGAUCUUUAUUAUAAUUAUUUUUUUUUGCAAUUUUUGAAAGAAUUUUAAGUUUAAAAUAUUAUAUAAAAAAAAAAUAAUGCAAAAGUAUUUAAAAAAAAAAUUUAGAAAAUAUAUAUUAUAUACAAAUGUCUCUUAUAUAUUUUUUGUACGUAGCAAUACCUAUUUUUAAUUAAUAUUAUGUAAUUAAUUUUUUUUUGUUUUCCUUAAUUAGUUAAGUACGCAAAGUAUUUACACACAAAU